CGCUCGUUGCGCCGCGGGCUCGGACAUCGCCGCCGAUGGGGAAAAUGCCGCAGGGUAGGAGUUGCUCAUGUCUCUCAGCAUGACCGGCUCAGCUGCAAGGAGAUGAGGUUUCGGGCGGCGCAGAGUCAGCCAUCGCAGGAUCGGGCAAUUUCUCGAUGGCAAGGGUGUGAUUGGGCCGGUGCAGAGAUGGUGGUGACGGUGGUGAUGGUGGUCGCGGGAUGGCAGCGCUCAUUGAAUCCGGCAUGUUCUGAGCUUUCAGUCUGUGGGAAGACAGACUGGAGAAGGCGGGCGUCCUUGCCAUCAAUCUGA